AUGUCGCCUGCCGCUCUCAGCAGGUCCAUCUGGGGCGCUGAGGUGCUUAAGCCUUCUAGCAGGCUUUUCCUUACCUCUCGCUCGUUCAGUUCUCGAUCUUUGGCGACAAGCUCCGGCAAUGGUUUGGGUUCGAUCAGAGCCACCUGUGGUAGCAACCACAUAUACAGUCGUUCAAUAAGCUAUUCUACACCAUUCCGACAGGAACAACGAUCGUCCCCUUCAGCUCCAGCAAAACCUACGAGCCCAGCCCCAGCAUCGACGAUUUCUGCUCCUUCCACCUCCGCAUCGAACUCGCGCGCCACCAAAGUUGCAGCGCCUACCCCUUCCCAUCCUACGACGGACAAUAUCCAGAAAACAGGACUCUCGGAUAGACCACUGGAGCUCGAGGUACAGCCAGAAGAGAAGGUCGAUUGGACGCGAUCAUUCCACGGUCUCAGCGCAGCUCCAUUCCCCAAGGAAGUCGCGGAUAUUUUGCUCGCAGAGACAGAUCCCGAGGAAGUCGAGAUCAAACCAGAUGGCAUUGUCUACCUGCCUGAGAUCAAAUACAGACGGAUAUUGAACCGUGCCUUUGGACCGGGUGGAUGGGGUCUCGUGCCAAGGAGCGAGAGCAUCGUGACUCCGAAGACGGUGACGAGAGAGUAUGCUCUGGUGUGUAACGGACGUCUCGUCUCUGUCGCUCGCGGCGAACAGGAUUAUUUCUCCCCGGACGGAAUUCCCACUGCCACCGAAGGCUGCCGUUCCAAUGCCCUAGUGCGAUGCUGUAAGGAUCUCGGUAUCGCUAGCGAAUUGUGGGAUCCUCGAUGGAUUCGCAAGUUCAAGGCGAAGUAUACGCGCGAGGUGUUUGUCGAGCAUGUGGUUACCAAGCGGAAGUCGAAGAUCUGGAUCAGAAAGGAUGAUGGUGUCUCAUAUCCGUGGAAGGAGUCGAAGUGA